AUGCGGAACCGUCGAAGACCAAAAAUUCCAGAGACAAUUCAAGAAUUGGAGUUAUAUUUGCCAAUACCUAUUCAGUUUAUCCACAGGUUUAGCAAGGAACUCCAAGCUGUCAAGUCUGCAGGAUGUGAUGGCACCUUUAAAACAGUUCCAAGUACACCUAAACAAUUGAGAAGAGGUUCUUUAAUGACGUUCCAUGUUGUGUACAAAAAUGUUUCUUUCCCGAUGGUGUAUGAACUUUUGAACAGUGCCACAGAAGAGUCGUAUACAGCAUUUUUUCAAAUAGUCCGUCAUUUACUACCAUUAAAGUAUGGUAAUUUAACAAUUAUUACCGAUUUCGAGCGUGGAUUGAUGAAUGCAGUUACAACAGUGUUUCCUGAAAGUCGGUUACAAUGCUGCUGGUUCCAUUUUUUCCAAUCAAUUGUACGAUACUGCCGCCGAAAAAAUAGUUUGGUAUAUGACCUUAUCAAGACCAAUGUUAUAGAUGCUAAUGUGUUGCGCAUGAUAUUAGCACUGGCCCAUCUACCAGCUACCAGAGGUCAUGCAGAUUACCAACAAUUUUGUAUUGAAGAUGGCUUUAGAGAAAUUGUAGCCUAUAUCCAGCAGUAUCCAGACGUGUACAAUCGCAUGCAAACAUUUUUAUUUGAAUACAUCCAAAAUUUUUGGCUGAAUCAAGUUGGACCAGCUUUUAUUAGUGUCUUUGGUAGUGAAAUAAGGACUAAUAAUUACUUGGAGUCCUUUCAUAGUCAGUUGUUAAGGUUUUUUGGAAAUCACCCAAAUAUCUGGGACUUUUUACAGAAACUAAGAAUAUUAGAAAAUCAAUUCUUUGUAGAAUUUAUACAAGAAAGCAAAAACUUAACAAUCCGAGAUCAAACUUCUAGAAGUGAACGGGCUACCAAUACUCAUAUGUUGAAAAGAGCUAUUGAGCAGCUUAAUGAACAUGGCAACAUUAUUAGAUGUCUUACACAAAUGGGCCAUGCUAAUGAUGGGUAUCUGAGACGUCAGAUCGGGCGUCCAUCAGAUUAA